CGCGUCAGCAACGGGACCAGGCACGGGUGCCGUGUCCCUGCGGCGGAAGGGGGCCCUGCGGGAGCACAGCCGCCCGCGGGGGGAGCCGAUCCCGCCAGGCCGGGCAGGCAGCGCUGCCCGCGCCCAGCCCCCUCAGGGACCGGAGAUCCGCCGGCCUUCGCCCCGUGGCGGAGGGGCAGCGCGGGGCCCGCCGGCAGUGCCCGCGGCGGGGAGGAGGGCCCGGGGCGGUCCCGGCCGACACCUGCCGCGGGAAGAGCCGCGGUGGGCCGGGCUGCACCGCCCCCGCGCCCGUCCGCCGCCGCGCCGCGCAGCCCGCCCCCGGCGCGGCGGGGGUGAGGCGGGGGGCGAGCCGCCGAGUGCUGCUCCCUGGCGCUCGGAGCCCGCUCCAGCGCCCGCCCGCCGCGCCGGCGAACAUGAGCGAUCAUGGCCGCCUUCGGGCUCCUCAGCUAUGAGCACAGACCGCUCAAGCGGCCGCGCCUGGGUCCGCCCGAUGUCUACCCGCAGGACCCGCGCCAGAAGGAGGAUGAACUUACUGCAGUGAAUGUGAAGCAAGGCUUCAGUAAUGCACCUGCCUUCUCUGGAGAUGAGCAUGGAUCUGCUAGAAAUAUUGUCAUUAAUGCCUCAAAGAUUGGCGCUUACUUUAGCAGCAUACUAGCGGAAAAGCUAAAACUUAACACUUUCCAGGACACAGGGAAGAAGAAACCACAAGUAAAUGCCAAAGACAACUACUGGCUGGUUACUGCUCGGUCUCAGAGUGCAAUUCACAACUGGUUCACAGAUUUAGCAGGAAGUAAACCCCUGACUCUCUUAGCAAAAAAGGUUCCUAUUCUCAGUAAAAAAGAAGAUGUUUUUGCUUACUUAGCAAAAUAUUCUGUGCCACUGCUGCGAGCGGCAUGGCUGAUCAAAAUGACAUGUGCCUACUAUGCUGCUAUUUCUGAAGCUAAAAUCAAGAAACGCCAGGCCACUGACCCAAAUAUUGAAUGGACUCAAAUUAUAACCAAAUACCUUCGGGAGCAGCUGGCAAAGGUUGCAGAGUUCUAUCAUGUGACUUCCAGUCAAGGCAACAGCUCUGUAGUGAUGCCUCAAGAGAUGGAACAAGCCCUGAAGCAGUGGGAAUAUAAUGAAAAAUUGUCAUUUUAUAUGUUUCAGGAAGGAAUGCUUGAGAGACAUGAGUAUUUGACGUGGAUACUGGAUGUUUUGGAAAAAAUCAGACCCACUGAUGAUGAUCUUCUUAAGCUGUUGCUCCCGCUAAUGUUGCAGUAUUCAGAAGAGUUUGUUCAAUCAGCUUACCUAUCCCGUCGCCUUGCUUAUUUUUGUGCCAGACGCCUGUCUUUAUUGCUAAGUGAUGGUCCCAACUUUGUAGCUGCACACUCUCCUCAUAUGAUUAUUGGACCAAGUAACCCUCCUCUGGCAGCCCCUAGUCCAACUGCGCCUGGUCCUGUGGUGAGCCCAGUACAGCUGGCCUGCUCAGAUUUCCUCUCCUGCCCUCAACACCGUCCACUGGUGUAUGGACUCAGUUGUAUGCUGCAGACUGUAACUCUUUGUUGCCCAAGUGCCUUGGUGUGGAAUUAUUCCACAAAUGAAAAUAAGAACGUUAAUCCAGGCUCACCUCUGGAUUUACUUCAAGUUGCUCCAUCUAGUUUACCUAUGCCAGGUGGAAAUUCAGCAUUUAAUCAGCAGGUUCGGGCAAAGAUUUAUGAAGUAGAACAGCAGAUAAAACAAAGAGGUCGUGCUGUGGAGGUGCGGUGGUCUUUUGACAAGUGCCAAGAAUCAACCGCAGGGGUGACCAUCAGUCGAGUUUUGCACACCUUAGAAGUGUUGGAUCGGCAUUGUUUUGACAGAUCAGAUUCCAGCAAUUCAAUGGAGACACUUUAUCAUAAGAUUUUCUGGGCAAAUCAGAAUAAAGAUAACCAAGAGGUAGCCCCAAACGACGAAGCUGUGGUGACGCUGCUUUGUGAAUGGGCUGUGAGCUGUAAAAGGUCUGGUAAGCACAGGGCCAUGGCUGUAGCCAAACUCCUGGAGAAGAGGCAAGCAGAAAUUGAAGCAGAAAGAUGUGGUGAAUCUGAAGUCCUAGAUGAAAAGGAAUCUCUGUCUUCAGCCUCCUUGACAGGUUCCAGUCUUCCUGUUUUUCAGAAUGUCCUGCUAAGGUUUUUAGAUACACAAGCUCCCUCAUUAUCUGACCCAAAUAGUGAUCAUGAGAAGAUAGAAUUUGUGAAUUUGGUGCUGCUUUUUUCCGAAUUCACUCGGCAUGAUGUUUUCUCCCACGAUGCAUACAUGUGCACUUUAAUAUCACGUGGAGACUUAUCCAUCACUGCAACUACUAGACCACGUUCACCUAAUGGGGAAACUGUGGAUGAACACUAUUCUAAGGAUCAUGAUGUGAAACUGGAGGAUCAUAGUAUUAUGGAACAUAUGGGCAUUGACUCAGGAACCGCUAGUAUUUUUGAUGAUGUAGACAAGAGUGACUUUAAGGCAGAUUUUGGUUCGGAAUUUCCAAUUUUUUCUCCGAUGCCUGGGGAGUCUUGUGAGAAUGUGAACUCUUCUUUAGACAGAAGAAUUUCAGUUACCAGCGAGAAGUCAGUCAAGAGGGAAAGACUGAGAGAACUGAUUUUCCCAUCCAAUUAUGACCUCCUUCGUCAUUUGCAAUAUGCAACGCAUUUCCCUAUACCUCUGGAUGAAUCUUCAAGUCAUGAGUGUAACCAGCGCAUGAUUCUCCUUUAUGGCGUUGGUAAGGAGCGUGAUGAAGCGAGGCAUCAGCUGAAGAAGAUUACCAAAGACAUCCUCAAAAUUCUGAAUAAGAAGAGUACUACUGAAAUGGGUGUUGGGGAUGAAGGGCAAAAAGCCAGGAAGACCAAACAAGAAGCAUUUCCAACCCUAGAGACCGUGUUUACAAAACUACAGCAACUGUCCUAUUUUGAUCAACAUCAGGUGACAUCUCAGAUCUCCAGUAACGUUCUUGAACAGAUAACUAGUUUUGCCUCGGGAACAUCAUAUCAUCUUCCUUUGGCUCACCAUAUACAGCUCAUCUUUGAUCUCAUGGAGCCAGCACUGAAUAUCAGUGGACUGAUCGACUUUGCAAUACAGCUGUUGAACGAGCUGAGUGUUGUGGAGGCAGAGCUGCUGCUGAAGUCAUCCAGCCUGGCAGGAAGCUACACAACGGGGCUGUGCGUCUGCAUCGUCGCCGUGCUGCGACGUUACCAUGCCUGCCUCAUCCUCAACUCGGAGCAAACCGCACAAGUCUUUGAAGGGUUGUGCGGAGUGGUAAAGCACGUCGUUAAUCCCUCGGAGUGUUCGUCCCCAGAAAGGUGUAUUUUAGCUUACCUCUAUGAUCUGUAUGUGUCCUGUAGCCACCUGAGAAGCAAGUUUGGAGACCUCUUCAGUAGUGCCUGUUCUAAGGUGAAGCAAACAAUAUACAGCAAUGUUCAGCCUUCGAAUUCCAAUUUACUGUGGGACCCAGAGUUCAUGCUAGAUUUUAUUGAGAAUCCCUCAGCUCACAGCAUUAACUACUCAAUGCUGGGCAAGAUUCUGAGCGACAACGCAGCCAACCGCUACAGCUUUGUCUGCAAUGCGCUAAUGAACGUGUGCAUGGGGCACCAAGAUGCAGGCAGGAUUAAUGACAUAGCAAACCUUUGCGCAGAGCUGACAGCAUGCUGCACGGUGCUUAGCUCAGAGUGGUUAGGGGUCGUAAAAGCUCUUUGCUGCUCUUCAAAUCAUGUCUGGGGUUUCAAUGAUCUGCUCUGCAGUGUGGAUUGUUUUUCCUUCAAGGUGAGUGACCUGUCGUUCCAUGAUUCCCUGGCGACUUUCGUUGCUAUACUGAUCGCCCGGCAGUGCUUUUCUUUGGAAGACGUAGUUCAGCAUGUUGCACUGCCUUCUCUUCUUGCAGCUGCCUGUGGAGAUCCAGAUGCCGAGCCUGGGGCAAGGAUGACCUGUCGGUUACUCCUGCACCUCUUCAGGACACCCCAGGUCUGCCUCUUUUCCCAGGGAACAGGGAAAUUAUUCCCCGGAAUUCGUUCUUCUUGUGAUCGUCACCUCUUGGCUGCUGCUCACAACAGUAUAGAAGUGGGAGCUGUGUUUGCGGUUUUAAAAGCAAUUUUGAUGCUUGGUGAUGCUGAAAUUGGCAGCAACAAUGUCAACUCCUUGAAGAGUGAAGACUUCCAUAUGAGAGGCUUAUUAGAUGAACUCAAUGAGGAUGAAAUCUGGGGUUCCUCUCACCCUUUGAAAUCAUGUGGAAAAGCUGUUUCCAUAGAAACUGCUAGUCUAAGCGAGUAUGCUAGAUAUGUGCUAAGAACAAUUUGCCAGCAGGAAUGGGUUGGAGAGCACUGUUUAAAAGAACCUGAGAGGCUGUGCACGGACAAAGAUCUUAUUUUGGAUCCUGUUCUUUCAAACAAGCAAGCACAGAAACUCCUUCAACUUAUCUGUUAUCCCCAUGGUAUUAAAGAAUGCACCGAGGGUGACAACCCUCAGAGGCAGCAUAUCAAACGCAUACUUCAGAACUUAGAUCAGUGGACUCUCCGGCAGUCUUGGUUGGAGCUGCAACUAAUGAUCAAACAGUGCAUGAAGGAGCCUGGUUCUGGGUCUGUGGCUGAAAUGAACAGCUUGUUGGAUAAUAUUGCAAAGGCGACAAUAGAGGUGUUUCAGCAAUCCGCUGAUCUAAACAAUAACUCUUCUAACUCUGGUAUAGGCCUCUUCAAUCCAAACUCUGUUGGAAAUGCUGACACAAGUAAUACAAGACAGAAUGGUAAAAAGACAUUCCUAAGUUCCUCUGAGCGGCGAGGAGUGUGGCUGGUGGCUCCCUUGAUAGCAAAACUGCCUACCUCGGUUCAAGGUAGGGUCUUGAAAGCUGCAGGAGAGGAGCUGGAGAAAGGUCAGCAUUUGGGGUCAUCUUCUAAGAAGGAAAGAGACAGACAGAAACAAAAAAGCAUGUCUCUUUUGAGUCAGCAACCCUUCCUUUCAUUGGUACUUACUUGCCUUAAGGGACAGGAUGAGCAACGAGAAGGGCUUCUAACAUCGCUGCAGAAUCAAGUUAAUCAGAUCCUUAGUAACUGGAGGGAAGAACGGUACCAGGACGAUGUUAAAGCUCGGCAAAUGAUGCAUGAAGCUCUACAACUUCGUCUUAACUUGGUAGGCGGCAUGUUUGAUACUGUGCAGAGGAGCACCCAGUGGACCACUGACUGGGCACUUCUGCUCCUGCAGAUAAUCACUUCAGGAACUGUGGAUAUGCAAACCAACAACGAAUUGUUCACAACCGUGCUGGAUAUGCUGGGUGUCCUCAUCAAUGGGACGCUUGCCUCAGACUUGUCAAACGCUUCCCAAGGAGGGCCUGAGGAGAACAAAAGGGCUUACAUGAAUUUAGUGAAAAAACUAAAAAAGGAGCUGGGAGACAAGCGGUCGGAAAGCAUUGACAAGGUUCGCCAGCUGCUCCCUUUGCCAAAGCAGACAUGUGAUAUUAUUACUUGUGAGCCAAUGGGAUCCUUGAUUGACACCAAGGGGAACAAAAUUGCGGGAUUUGACUCCAUUGAUAAGAAACAGGGCCUUCAGGUUUCAACAAAACAAAAGGUGUCCCCUUGGGAUUUAUUUGAAGGCCACAAAAAUCCUGCUCCUCUCUCUUGGGCAUGGUUUGGUACAGUUCGUGUUGACAGGAAAGUAAUAAAAUAUGAGGAGCAGCAGCAUCUCCUCCUGUACCACAUGCACACCAAACCCAAGCCACGGAGUUACUACCUCGAGCCCUUGCCCCUUCCUCCAGAAGAGGAGGAGGAAGAGCCCACCACACCUGUGUCUCAGGAACCAGAAAGAAAGUCAGGAGAGCUCUCAGAUCAGGGCAAACACGCCACAGACGAUGAGAAGAAGACAAAGAGUCGGAAGCGAAAGUCAAAGUCAAGCUCAAGAGCUGAUGAAUAUCCGCAGAACAACUUGUAUAGAGUGCCUCCUACUUACUCGCCAAUUUCCUCUCAAAUGAUGCACCAUCCGCCGUCUGCCUUGUGGGGUUACAACAUGGUGGGGCAGCCGCAGCAGGCUGGCUUCUUCGUGCAGGGCCAGCCCCUCCCACCAGGUGGUUCCAGACUGGAUCCGACAGGCUCCUUCGUUCCAACAAACACGAAGCAAGCCCUGUCGAACAUGCUGCAGCGGCGCUCCGGCACCAUGAUGCAGCCCCCCUCUAUCCAUGCAAUCACACCUCAGCAGCAGUUGCUCCAGAUGAAACUCCUGCAGCAAGAACAGCAGCAGCAGCGGCUCCUCAGGCAGCAAGCACAGUCACGGUCUCUCCAACAGGGUCAGCCAAUGGACCAAGCUGCUAUUUUCACUCCGCAAGUUCGACCACCGUCUCAGCUUCCACAGUACCCAGGGUUACAGCAAGCACAGAGCAUGCCUCACGGAUACACAAUGUACAGCACUCAGAUGCCUUUGCAGCAGCAGCAGCCUGCAGGUGUAGUGCUCUCCCCCAGCUACAACCCCCGAGCAUAUUCAGCAGCUCAUUCCAGCCCCGUGCUGAUGGAGAGGCUGCGGCAGAUGCAACAGCAGCCCAGCGGAUAUAUUCAACAGCAGGCUGCUGCAUAUAUCCAGCCUUUGACAGGCACUCAGCGACUCAGCCAUCAGCCUUUGCAGCCAAAUUCCCUGGUUGGAGGGGGACUGGACAGUGCAUCGACUGCGGGUCCCCACCCAACCCUGAAUUCAGUGCAGCUGCCUCCGGAGUCGGUGAGACAGAGACAGCAGCAGAUGCGACAGCAGAGGCUCUUCCAGUUGCAGCAGCAGCAGCCAGGGCAGCAGCAGGCGCUUGGUCUCCAGCCCGUGCAGCCGCAGCAGCCUUUGUUUCCGAGGCAAGGCUUACAGCAGACGCAGCAGCAACAACAGACGGCAGCGCUGGUCAGGCAGCUCCAGAAGCAGCUCUCCAGUAACCAGCCACAACAAGGAGUAAACCAGUAUGGGCAUCCGUCACACUUCUAAAGCAGAGAUGGAAGGGAGAUGUAAUGUUAUGUUUGCACUGAAGAAGAGAACAUUCAAAACACAAUGCACUAGUUAUUGCUAGAAAGCAGACUUUAGUUUUCUUCUCUUAUUAUUUCAGUAAUUAUUUUUUGUGCUGCAGUUGAUGUGAAUAUGUAACAAGGUGGGAUUUUUGCAUUUGGGGAUUUUUUUUUUGUGUUUAACUAGAUUUAAAUAUAUGGACUUGUGGGCCUAUUUGAAGAAUGUUAUUGCAGAUUUUAUGAAUUUGGUGCUUUUUAGGUCCUGUUACUUUUAAAGAAGACAAAGAAUGCUGGAUUCAUUUAUUUGUGGGAAACACUUUUUUUUUUUAUCCUUGUUUUUUGUUUGGUUGGGUUUUGUUUGUUUUGGUUUUGUUGUGGUUUUGGGUUUUUUUAGAAGAACUGCACUGGACCAAACUACUGAACUGAAAGGCACUUCCAAUUCUGGCAUAGAAGUUAAUUUGUUCAUUAAAAUGUUCACCUCCUCCUUUGUUGGUAGAACAAGCAUCAAUAUAAAUUUUUAUUUGACUGUAAUUUUCAUAUGCACUUUAUAAAAUUCGUUUAAAGUACCAAUUAUCUCUUGCUCUUAUUGUGGUAAGAAGGUGCUGAAGUGGGUCUAUUGCUUGUAUUAGAACUUCUUAAAGUUUAUAUUAAAAGCCACAAUGUAAUGUUAAUAAACCUACUAGAAGUA